CCAUGGCAACGCCGCUCCUCUCCACUUCCGGGAACGAAGGGGGCGGAGACUCGUAAUCCGGAAGUGGCGCCAAAACCUCUUCCGGUUCUACUCACGUUGCUGCUUUCCUCGCGUCACCGCCGGGAUGAAGCCGAUCCUGCUGCAGGGCCAUGAGCGGUCCAUUACUCAGAUUAAGUACAACCGCGAGGGAGACCUCCUCUUCACGGUGGCCAAGGACCCUAUUGUCAAUGUAUGGUACUCUGUGAAUGGUGAGAGACUGGGCACCUACAUGGGCCAUACCGGAGCUGUGUGGUGUGUGGACGCUGACUGGGACACCAAGCAUGUCCUCACUGGCUCAGCUGACAACAGCUGUCGUCUCUGGGACUGUGAAACAGGGAAGCAGCUGGCCCUGCUCAAGACCAAUUCAGCAGUCCGGACCUGUGGCUUUGACUUUGGGGGCAACAUCAUCAUGUUCUCCACAGACAAGCAGAUGGGCUACCAGUGCUUCGUGAGCUUCUUUGACCUGCGGGAUCCAAGCCAGAUCGACAGCAAUGAGCCCUACAUGAGGAUCCCUUGCAACGACUCCAAGAUCACCAGUGCCGUUUGGGGACCUCUGGGAGAGUGCAUCAUUGCAGGCCACGAAGGUGGAGAGCUCAACCAGUAUAGUGCCAAGUCUGGGGAGGUACUGGUGAGUGUGAAGGAGCACUCCCGGCAGAUCAAUGACAUCCAGUUAUCCAGGGACAUGACCAUGUUCGUCACUGCAUCCAAGGACAACACUGCCAAGCUCUUCGACUCCACAACCCUUGAACACCAGAAGACUUUCCGGACAGAACGACCUGUCAACUCAGCUGCCCUGUCUCCCAACUACGACCAUGUGGUGCUGGGCGGUGGUCAGGAAGCCAUGGAUGUAACCACUACCUCCACCAGGAUUGGCAAGUUCGAGGCCAGGUUCUUCCACUUGGCCUUUGAAGAAGAGUUUGGAAGAGUCAAGGGUCACUUCGGACCUAUCAACAGUGUUGCCUUCCAUCCUGAUGGCAAGAGCUACAGCAGCGGCGGUGAAGAUGGUUACGUCCGCAUCCACUACUUCGACCCACAGUACUUUGAAUUUGAAUUUGAAGCUUAAUAAGCCAGAUCUCUGGGAAUUCCCUGGCGGUUCCGUGGUUAGGAGACUGCACUUCCACUACAGGGGACACGGGUGAUCUGCAAGCAUCACCAUGCAGCCGUGUACACACACACAAAGAAGCCGGAUCUCCAUCUGAGCCAGGGUCACAGAAGCUUUUGGACUGUAUGAAAUAAACUAGUUUGGAAAUAAA